AUGGUCUGUGCACAGAAAGCAGAAGAAGAAAAGGUAAAGAAGAGAGAACCCUGUGACUCUCUGGCCAGAGAGUGGUUCAGUGAUGACAGAGAGACUCUUGACACUCGCAUCUAUUUGCUUGACAAACUCCUGCCUACAUUAAUCCCAGGAAAAGAACACCUGUUAAUGGCUGUGGAAAGAAAGCAUGUGCUUGUGUCAGACAAAGAAACUACCAAAUUUGACCCCAUUAAUUAUCUUGGAGAAUAUCUGAUGAGACAUAACCCUCAGUGUAGUGUUUCUACAAAACCAAGCCCGUACCUGAGAGGAAUGAAGAUGGUUUCAGAGGAGCUGAAAUCUAUGAUGCCAGGUACAGCAUCAGAGAGGGUAGGAUUAAGCAAUCUUAAGUAUGUUUAUGAUGGUAUCUUUCUAAUCAAUAUUCCCAUGUCCUACAGGCUGACCAGGAUGAAGGCUGAGGCACAGGGCAAAUGUAAGGACAGGGAGGAGAUGGAGCAAAUGAAGGCUCAGGUGGCAGAGAUGAGAAAGGAGGCCCUGGCAGCUCAGUUCAGGGAGUGGACGGUGGAUGGCAGCGACAGAAUACCAGUGGCACUGGUUCUCAGUGCCCUGAGGUCUUUUCCAAAUGUCAUUGCUUCGAUUCCUGUAGAUGUGAGAAGAGCAAUCUAUGACAGGAAGAUGGAAACCUUAGACACAAUGGAAAAAACAAUACACAUAGAGGAGUUCACAGAGUUUGUCCAUUUCUACACAGAACAUGUUUCAAAUGACACGUUCCAGGAACUCAUGGAAUACCUCAGUCAGUGUGCUGGUGACUUCCAAGAAGCAACAAGACGUGAUACACAGAGGCAAAUGUUUGCUGAUCUCUUCCAACACUGUGAUUAUGGAAAGGUUGGCCUCUUGGAUAGACAAAAAAUACUGACCCUGCUGGGAGACUUCUAUGCCAGAAGCUCUGUGAGUGACAAGAGGGAAUUCUGCAACCCCAGACAGUGGCCAAUAAUUGAGCUGCAAGAGAUUGAUCUUGUGGAUUUAUGGGGAGGUCUUGAAGACCAGGAAGUUUGUGAGGAACCCAGUGACAAUUUAGUCUUGUCUCAAACAGGAAUUUCUGAGGGAGAGAUUUUAGCAAAUGAACCUGUAGAUGAACAAGAGACCUAUGGAAUGAGAACCAGUGACAGAGAAGGAAUUUUUGAACAAAUGCACACGGGUGAAGCUGAGACCGGGGAAAGUUGCAAGGAAGAAAACCAAGCAGUGGAGUCAAGUGAUGCUGAAGGGAGAAGGGGUGAGGGCACUGUGUCAGUGGUAAAAAGUGCUGGAGUUGAAGCUAGUGAUUUGGAUGGAGAUCCCACACAGAGUGAGAAAUCCAGUUCCCAUGGAGAUAUCAAAACAGAGAGGGAAACUGAGUCUGGAAGUGCAGACAGACAGGAGGAAGCUUCCUCAGGAUCAGGCUCUGCUGGGGACAGUCUCGGUAGAGAUGGAGAAGAUGGAUCUGAAAAACAGGUGAAGGAAGAGGAAUUCAGCCUGGGUAGAGAGCCUGAGACAGAAACACAGAGUGAAGGAGAUCAUAUCUUGGACAGAGAACCUGGAUCAGAAGAGCAAGUUAGUCAAGAGGACAAUGGAAUUGCAGAGACAAUCAGCAGUAUUUCAGGACCAACACCAGAAACUACAACCACGAGCUCAGGAGACAGAGCUGUGGCAGACAUGGAUGUCACAGAUUCAGAACAGGAUGCCUCAGCUGCAGAGGCUGUGAAAGAAACCCCUGUAAGAAAAGAGAGUUUUUCCAGUCAGCAUAGCAGCCAGUCUGGCCAACAGACAAGCUCAGAGACAAGCCUGGAGCACAAGGACCUUCUGCAUCACCAGGACUCAGCUCCCAGCAUGGCAGAGAUUCAGAACCAUCAGGCUUCCUGUACCAGGAGUUCCUUUGAUGCAAGCUGGCUCACCCUGCCACAGUUUGUACACCUCAUGGAGACAUUUGUUGGUGAUGACAUUUCUCUGCCUACUCUGAAUAGGCUUAUUGACUUUAUCAAAGAAGAAUACAAACAGACAGGAGAGGAAAAAAUGGAACAACUAAUAAGAGUUCACCACACGUAUCGCGUGGCUCGACGGAAACUGCUCUUGGAGGCACUUUUUGAGAAGUGGGAUAGCAGUGCAGCUGGGUUUCUGGACCUGGGAGAGGUGGAUGCUGUUCUGAGCACAUUCAAGGAAGGCAUGGAAAAAGAGGCCUUAGGGAAGGCAAAGGAACAGCUUUGCUCCCGAUACCCACAGCUCAGCAGAGUGGGGAAACUAUCCCCAAAGACAUUCCAGACUUUCCUUGAGUUAAUUGCUUCCGAGUUCAGUGGCAAUGAGGAUGAAGCCGUUAGUGACCUGGUGGAAUUUCUGACCACAAGAGUGGAGCAAAGUCACAGGGAGAGUGUGCAGAGCUUAACCAGGAGGAAAUGGCUGCAGGAUAUCCAGCAAGUGGCUGAGACCAGUGGAGCAACCAUGGAAUCAGUGUACGAGGCAGUGUUUAAGGCCCUGUCCCAGGAUGCAGAAGCCCAUGGGGGUAACAAGAAGAUCAGUGCAUAUAUUGCCCUUCUGGAAGGGAACCAGCAACCACUGGAGCAGGGACAGAUCCUCCUGCGCUACGUGGCCUCUACUGCAGAUGAUGCUCCAUAUGUGCUCAACCAGGUACUUUACAGACACAUGAAAGGAGUAAGCUUUGUAGCUGUUGAAGAGGGAAAGCCAAUUCAUGUUCCAAGAGUUCAGUUCCAUGGAAAUAUCCACUUCUGGAAUCAUGAUCGCCCAGUGGAGCAGAGGAAAGGUUCAUUCCUGGUGCUGCCCCUGCAUGAUGCUCACUGGAGAGUCUUUGGCAUUCUAGGAGUUGACACUCUUAGGGACCAGUGUGAGCAAACCGUCUUUCUGAGCCAUGAGAUCAGUUUCUACCAGGGAGUUUCCCAUGCAUUCAGCAGAGCCUACCACCAUAUCUGCACACUGGAAAAUGUCCUACAAAUGGCUGGCACUGCUCUGGACUGGCUGUAUCCCAGGACACCCAACAUCCACAGUGUCACCAUGUACCUGGUGGAGCCUGGCAAAGACAAGACACAGGACUAUGCUCUAUGCAAGAUGAUCACUACAGAUAAUACAGGACAAAAAGAAAUCCAUAGCUCUCCUGUUCUUCUCCUUAGAGAAGAAAACCUCCUCAGAGAUUACAUGUUUAAGUGCACAGACAGUUCAGAGGUCACUUGCACUUCUGUCCGUGGGGAACAUCACAUUGCAGUACCUCUCCGUGACCUGUCAGGACAAGCUCUUGGCAUAUUUGAUAUCAGCAUUGGACCCAAACAGAAAUUACCUCCUGAGGAACAGAAAGAACUGCAGAAAAUGCUGAAGGUGGUCCAAGCUGCCUACACAGAGAUCCUGAGGAUGUCUCUAGAGGAAACAGAACCAACCUAUGUGCUGGAGGCAGAACACGUGGCAGGUGUGAGGCACGCAGGAAUUCUGUUCCACCGGUUCGUGCUGCAGGACCUGCGCCAGUGUGUGCGGACACUGGGUGAGGAGAGCUUUACUGGGAUAAAGAGCUGUGCAGAGCCCCCAGCUCUGGUGCACCACAUCGUUAAGGCUGUGCUGCUGCUUUUGCAUCCAGACUGGAAGGGCUCAGAGGAGACUGAGAGCUGGAGUCAGUGUAAACUGAAACUUGAUGACAAUUUGAUUCAGGAGAUUUAUUGCUUUGAUCCAACUGCUGCAUCUGUGCAAGCUGAAGCAGAGCUGGUGCUGGACUGCAUUGCUG